GUGGAAAACCUUCUCUCUUUCGCUUCCUCGCUUAUCUUCACCUGGAACACACACGGAUGACGGCAGAAGGAAGCCAUUAGAGAGACCAUCAAAAGGAAAAAAAAAACCUAAACCCUAAAGAACCACGAAUUUUUUGAAACCCCAACUCCAAACUCCCCGUAUGCCAUUAUACUUCGAUUUCUAUCUCAAUUUAUCCUUUUUUAUCUGCAUUUGCUCUAUUUUUUAUUGAGUUCUGCGUAUUUUAUCUCAAUAAGAUUUUUCUGUCUUUUCUCUGGUGCGUUCCCUUUUAUUCUACUGAUUUUGUGUUUACAUUAGUUUUUUUUUUCAGAAAUCUCUCAUCAAUGAGUGUUCAAUCUCUUCAUAGUGUGUCUUUACCAUUGAAGCCGCAAGGGAGGACCCAUAAAAGUCCCUUUUUGGGGCAAAAACUGCGGUUUUUUCGGUUUAGUUCAAGUUCUCACAGUUUACGAUCAGGUUCGAAAUGGCUGUCUCGUGGUGUCUUGGCAAAUUACAGUGGCAGUCCAAGUCGUAGAACCAGAGAGAGCAAGGUCUACCGGUCAUCUCAGGGUGUUAGUCGUAAUUCGCAACCAUCUUCUAAUAUUGAUCAGUAUGUCUCUCUCUUUGGGGGAGCAGGGCUAAUUCUGGCUGUUACUUUCGUUGUUUGGAAGGUGGCUGAAAAACUACUUGUGUCUUCCAAAUCUGGAAAGCCUUCAAAUAUUGAAAAUAAAGCAUCUUCAUCAGGAUUGAGAUGGUCUUUUGGCCCUGGUUCAAAUUUGUCACCCGGUGUUAGCUCCAGGGUUGAAAGGCAAUCAAGAGCAAAGCUCAAUGAAUUUGCCAAAGAGCUGAGGAUGUUUAGUAGUGUUGACAUGUCAGGUCGCAACUUUGGGGAUGAGGGACUCUUCUUUCUUGCUGAAAGCUUAGGCUUUAAUCAGAAUGCUGAAGAGGUGGACUUUUCUGCAAAUGGAAUAACUGCAGAUGGAUUAAAAGCCUUUGAUGGCGUUCUUCAAAACAAUGUUGUACUGAAGACACUCAAUCUUUCAGGAAAUGAUAUUGGUGACGAAGGAGCUAAGUGUCUCUCUGGGAUUAUGAUGGAAAACAGCGGUAUUCAGAAGCUGCAGCUGAAUAGUGCUGAUCUGGGAGAUGAGGGAGCAAAGGCCAUCGCAGAGAUGCUUAAGAAAAAUUCAAGCUUACGUGUGUUAGAGCUCAACAACAACAAGAUUGACUAUUCUGGAUUUUCGAGUCUGGCGGGAGCUCUGCUUGAGAAUAAAGCCAUUCGUUCAAUACAUCUAAAUGGCAAUUAUGGCGGUGCUCUUGGAGCUGCUGCUCUAGCAAAGGGGAUUGAAGGCAACAAGUCUUUGAGGGAGCUCCAUUUACAUGGGAAUACUAUUGGUGACGAGGGUGCCCGGGCUUUGAUGUCAGGCCUAUUGCUUCAUAAAGGGAAAGUAACAACUGUGGAUAUUGGCAACAAUUCCAUUGGUGCAAAAGGUGCCUUCCAUGUGGCUGAGUUUAUUAAGAAAACCAGAAGCCUAAUCUGGUUGAAUCUUUACAUGAAUGAUAUUGGUGAUGAGGGAGCUGAAAGAAUUGCAGAUGCUCUGAAGCAAAACCGCACGAUCACAACUAUAGACUUGGGUGGAAACAACAUUCAUGAAAAAGGACUUAGUGGUAUAUCACAAGUUCUAAAAGAUAAUUCGGUUAUUACAACAUUGGAACUGAGCUACAAUCCCAUCGGACCAGAUGGAGCAAAGGAACUAUCUGAAGUUCUCAAAUUUCAUGGAAAAGUUGAAGCCCUCAGGCUUGGGUGGUGUAAGAUAGGGGUAAAAGGGGCCGAGUAUAUUGCAGAAGCAUUGAAAUACAAUACAACAAUAUCAACCCUGGAUCUGCGAGCAAAUGGAUUAGGAGAUGACGGUGCAGUUUGUUUGGCUCGUAGCCUGAAAAUCGUCAAUGAGGCUUUGACGUCACUUGAUCUGGGGUUUAAUGAGAUAAGGGAUAGGGGAGCCUUUGCUCUGGCUCAAGCACUCAAGGCCAACGAAGAUCUAGCUGUGACAUCCUUGAACCUCUCGAGCAACUUCCUUACAAAAUAUGGGCAGGUUGCCUUGACAGAAGCAAGAGACCAUAUAUUUGAAAUGUAUGAUGGGAAGGAGGUCGAUAUUUUCUUUUAGGAUGUCAUAUCGUUUUUAAACUCGAUUGAGACUCAAGACUCAUGUGUAUGCGUGAGGAAAUGGAACCUGACUAUGCGAGGAGCUAUCUUGAAUUGUUUGUCAGACUCAUCUUUUCACGUAAAAUGCUAAAUACAAGAACUCAUUGUUCAAUAGUGAGACACAGGCCUUCAAGAAAAUUCAUUCU